AUGAAGAUUCCGACAACAAACGCAAACGCGGCGAUUAUCGCUGCCCUCGCCCUGCACACGACAACCACCCACGCCGCAACCACAUCCUACUGCCCCGUCUCCGACCAAAUAUGCUUCCAAUGGGGCGUCCCCGAAGCAUCUGCCUCAUCCGGCUCCGGCAGCGUCUAUUUCCAGAUCCGAGCACCGACGUCCUACCAAUGGGUUGGCAUGGGCAUCGGCAAGCAGAUGAACGGGGCCGACAUGUUCGUCAUGUACGCCAACGGGAAUGGCAACGUGACGCUCAGCACGAGACGCGGCCUCAACCACAUCAUGCCCGAGUACAAUAGCAAGUCGGGCGUCGAGCUACUCGCCGGGUCGGGCGUGUCGAAUGGCCAGAUGGUUGCGAAUGUGCGGUGUAGUAGCUGUUCUGAGUUGAAGCUGACGUCGUCGAAUGGGUGGUUGAGCGCGUGGAAGAGGGGGAGUGCGUUGGAUUCGACGAGCCCGGAGGCGCAGAUUGACUAUCAUGAUGGUAAUGCCUUGUUCUCGGUCGACUUUUCUAAGGCCACGAUUUCGGAGGAUAAGAAUCCCUUUGUUGGGAGUGACGAUGGAGGUUCUGGGUCUGGAGGCUCAGGAUCUGGAGGAUCAGGCGGCGGCAAUUCCCCUGGUGGUGGUGUUGUCGUGGAAAGCGACCCCAACCAGACGCUCAUUUACGCACACGGCAUCAUCAUGUCUGUCGUCUUUCUGCUCGGCUAUCCCAUUGGUUCAAUGCUGAUGCCUUUGCUGGGUAAAUGGGCCUUGCACGCGGGUUGGCAGCUCGUCACGUUCCUGGCCAUGUGGGCAGGCUUUGGAGUUGGAUACAUUCUUGCACGACGAACUGAUCUGUUCUUCAAGCAAUGCCACUCGCAGCUUGGUGUCAUCCUCGUCUGUCUGGUCAGCAUACAACCUGUCCUGGGUUUCCUCCACCACCGACAUUACCUCAAGCACCGGCAGCGCGGCAUCGUCAGCCACCUCCACGUUUGGUAUGGUCGUUGUCUUAUUAUUCUGGGCAUGGUGAAUGGUGGGCUGGGGCUACAGCUCGCGGGCAAUGAUCAUGCCUUUGUUGUUACGUACUGUGUUGUGGUUGCGGUUGUUGCUGCGGUGUAUGUUGCUUCUGUGUUGUUCAAAGUGUGGCGGACGAGAAGGGCGGCGGCGAGUGGAAGUCCGAGGGAGAGUAAGGCAGCAAGAGCUGUUCCUACGAACACACCGUAG